AUGGAUUUGCCAGUGCGACCAGGCUUGCGAUCUGGCGCGGCGCACAUCCACCAAGAAGGAUCACGCUUCGGAACUACGCAGGUGACGGGCGGUUCAGUCUUCCAAGGCAACUUUAGUGGAGUUACUAUCAAUUCCACAGCACGGCCCGACUUUGCUGGCCAGUUCUCCCACUCCUCGCUUGAACCGGUGAAGGCAUACGUUCCGCGAGCCUUCCUACGCGACGAGAUUAAGACACAGCUGUGCGACGAUGCUGCAGACACAAACACGAAGACGCUUGUCGUCUGGGGACUCGGCGGCGCUGGGAAAACACAGCUGGUGCUAGACUACGUGCGACAGUACCGCACCGACUACAAGGCAACGUUCUGGAUCGAGGCCGGACGGAAGGAGUCGCUCGAGCGAGACUUUGUCAACCUCUAUCAGACGCUGUUUGGCGUGCAGAUGGUCGCUGGGCAAGAGACAGUUAGUGUUGACAGUGCUGUGAUAGGAGUGAAGAGCUGGUUUUCUAGUCAGCGAGGGCCGUGGCUGAUAGUGUUUGAUGGCGCCGACAUAAUCGAGAACGAAGAGGUCACCGAAUACAUUGACAUCAAGCGCUUUAUUCCUGACGUGGCAUCACUACAUAUUAUCGUUACAAGCCGGAGCAGUACGGCAAAGGACAUGACACGACUAGAAGGGGUGCAGGUUGGUGAUAUGGAGGAGGCCCAGGCUGCGGAGCUGUUCUACAAGUACUCUCGGCUACGGCGUGAUAAUCAAGACAUCGAACAUGAAGUCAGGGCUAUUGUCAAAGAGCUCGGGUAUCUGGCGCUAGCGGUCACUCUUGCUUCCACAUAUGUAGGGAGAACUCCGCGGCUACAGUCGGAUGUUAAGGCAUACCUCCCGGAAUACAGACAGCGCCGGCGCGAACUACUAAAGCGAAAACCCGAGAGUCUCAUCCAUCAGUACAGCGAGAGUGUGCUUACUACAUGGGAAACGUCAUACCACGCUAUUCACGAGCAGAGUUCCGAGGCGUCAACACUUAUGACCAUGUUGUCAUUUUUCAGCUUCGAUGAUAUUUUUCUGCAGCUGUUUGGGACUAGCAGGCAACUAGAAAGUACGAGAUCGACAGGUAGUGCUAUUGAAGUCUCUUCUACGCCGACGGAGGAUAUCUACAAGCUAGAGGGGUGCUUUGAGAUGUUGCAGAGAUAUUCGUUUGUGCAAUGGAAAGAGGAUCAACAAAGCUACGCAAUGCACAAGCUGGUACACGCUUGGGGCUACGACAGGCUCACGGAAGAUGAGCAACACAGGUUCAGUGUCACCACUUUUAAGCUUGUUGUGAAAGCAAUCAAUGGCUGCGGGAAUACGCCAGAAGAGAAGCUCCGGCUGGUGCCGCAUGUAAUGGCGAACUUCGCGAUGCUUGGCGGUACCGGACGCGCAUGGGAUCAAGCAGCAGAUGGCACGCUUAACGAACUAGUAUUAGCAGGGGUAUUUAUUGCUAAUAUUGGGCGGUUGCCGGAAGGACGUGUAAUUCAGGAGUUUAUAUGGAAUGAGAAGCGUCGACUCCUUGGCGAGGAACAUCCAGACACCAUCUCGGCGAUGUACAACCUCGCAGUCACGCUCGGAUACCAAGGCCAGCUGGACGAGGCGGCGAAGAUGAAGAAGGAGGUGCUUGAGAAGAGGAGGCGCAUCCUCGGCGAGGAACACCCAGACACGAUCUUGGUAAUGAGUAACCUUGCACAGACGCUCGGAGACCAAGGCCAGGUGGACGAGGCGGCGAAGAUAAAGAAGGAGGUACUAGAAAAGAGGAUGCGCAUCCUUGGCGAAGAACAUCUAGACACGAUCUCAGCAAUAGGUAACCUCGCAGUCACGCUCGGAGACCAAGGCCAGCUGGACGAGGCGGCGAAGAUGAAGAAGGAGGUGUUCGAGAAGAUGAGGCGCAUCCUCGGUGAGGAACAUUCAUAUACAAUGUCGGCGAUGAGCAACCUUGCGUCCACGCUUGAAGACCAAGGCCAGCGGGUUGAGGCGGCGAAGAUGCAGAAGGAGGUGCUAGAGAAGAUGAGGCGUAUUCUCGGUGAGGAACAUCCUUCCACAAUCUCGGCGAUGAACAACCUCGCAGUCACGCUCGGAGACCAAGGCCAGCUGGACGAGGCGGCGAAGAUGAAGAAGGAGGUACUCGAAAAUAGGAGGCGCAUCCUCGGUGAGGAACACUUAGACACGAUCUUAGCAAUGAGUAACCUUGCAAAGACGCUCGGAGACCAAGGCCAGCUAGAUGAGGCGGCGAAGAUAAAGAAGGAGGUGUUUGAGAAGAGGAGGCGCAUCCUCGGCGAGGAACAUCCUUCCACAAUGUCGGCGAUGAGCAACCUUGCGUCCACGCUUGAAGAUCAAGGCCAGCUGGUCGAGGCGGCGAAGAUGUUCAAGGAGGUGUUCGAGAAGAUGAGGCGUAUUCUCGGCGAGGAACAUCCACACACAAUCUUAGUAAUGAGCAACCUUGCACAGACGCUCGGAGACCAAGGCCAGCUAGACGAGGCGGCGAAGAACAUCCAGACACAAUCUUAGAAAUGAGCAACCUUGCAAAGACGCUUGGAGACCAAGGCCAGCUAGACGAGGCAAUAACGUUAUCAGAUGUAGCCGUACAGAAAAUGAAGCGGAUUCAUAGCGACAAACACCCCCAUACAAAAUUUGCUAUCAGAAC